AUGGGAGAAGUGAAGAGGAAAGGGGGAAAAGAAGUGGAGGUGGUCGGUCAGGUGCAGGUGGAGAUGGAGGUGGAAGUUGGAUGUACACACCACACAAGCUCCUCACCACCAAGCCCUUCUUCUUCUUCUUCUUCUUCUUCUUCUUCUUCUUCUUCUUCUUCUUCUUUUUCCUCUUCCUCCUGGAUCCAAUUCAGAUCUAUCAGAUCUCCAUCGCUUCUUCAGAGUCAUAUCUUCUGA